AUGGCGCCAAACCCCGAGCGCAAACGCGGCCGGCCCCCCAACGCGUCCACCCAGGUCAAAAAGCGCGGGCGGCCCAGGAAAAGCGACGUCCAGCCCGCCACGACACGUGGGCCGACGCAGUCCUCGCUCCGCGAGAGCUGGGGCUCUGCCACGGGCCGGCGGACCACCACAGGCGAAGGCGAGAGGCCGGCCAAGAGGCCUCGCGCAUCAGAGGCCGCACGGCGAAGCAGCCAAGGCGCGGGCGUCAUCGGACGCCGAGGAAUCCCACAGCCGAGCCAACCCGGCUCCCUCGGCAGGACGGGCGCCCGCGACGACGAGAACAACGACGACAACGAAGCGUCUCGCCCUCCGCCGCCGUCCCCCGAAAAGCCCUACGUCCACGUGGCCGCUCACACCCGACGCGUGCGCCAGUCGGCCAUCGAGGCGAAGUGGACGCCGCUGACCAACGCGUCCCUGACGGCCGUCUCGACCACGCUCCAGCACGCGCAGCGCCCCAUCCUCCAGCGCCUCGCAGACUCCGAGUUCCGGCGCGAGCACACGGCCGCGGCCGUCCGCCAGGUGGCCCAGCGCAUCGCGCGCAAGAUCUCGCGGGGCCUGCCCUUCCCGCCGGCCAGCAUGCCCGCCAACGUCGGCCGCGCGCCCGCGCAGAGCGACGCCGGCCGCGAGGUCGAGCUCAACUUUGAGAGCGUGCUCGACGGCAAGCUCGGCCUCGAGAGGCAGCUCGAGCCCGCGCUCGACUCGCUCGACCUGCUCCGCAGGGAGAAGGACGCCACGGAGCAGGAGCUCGAGCGCGACUACGAGACCCUGCGCAACCUCGAGGCCGGCGCGAGGGCCCAGGCCAGGGAGCAGAGGAGCCUGCUCAAGAAGGCCCAUCCUCUUACGCCCGCGCCGUCGGUGAAGCCCGAGGACGGGCGCGUCGACGCCGACGCCAAGGACAACCUCGACGCGUUUGUGUUUGGUCGCGACCCGGACACGGCACCCGGUGGUGCCUUCACGGGCAUCCGGGGCGACGAUGAGAUUCACCCGCUUGCCAUGCAGCUCGGCGACCAUGUCGACAGCAUACGGGGGAAUCUGGAGCAGACGGAAGGUAUUCUGCCCCUGUUGGCGAGCAGCAAGGCCACGUUGCGGGCCGUGCUGCUCAAGCACUUGGAUCAGAGGGCGUACGAGCAGGCCGUCUUGGGGUGA